GGACAUUCUAUGAAAAGUAUCUUGAGUUUUACCAAUAUACCAGAUAGACAACGUCUUCACGUGGUAUGGGGGUUCAGUAAGGAUUUUGGCAUAUCUGGUUUUCGUUGUGGCGUGCUCCACACAUGGAAUAAACAAAUACUAGAUGCUCUCAAAUGGGUGGCUUAUUUCCAGUCCGUUCCCACCUCGAUCCAGUGUCUUCUUAUGAAGAUUGUCAAGGACAUAGAGUGGAUUGAUCACGUGUUUGUUCCAACCAACCACCGGCGACUGCUUGAAUGUUAUGGUAUAGUGUGUGAUGGUCUUCGUAAGGCGGGCAUACCUUACGUGGACAGUUGUGCAGGCCUGUUCAUCUGGGUUGAUUUAAGAGAGGAAUGGAACGUUUGCUUUCUUGCYUGGAACACAUCCGUCAAGAAGUAGCCAAGAAGAAACAGAAACUCGAGCAAACAGAGGUUGAUUGUCAUGACAGCGGCCCCACAUCCACUUUAACUGACGUCAUGCAAAAAGAUGAGGCAUGCGCAAUGGAGUCUUCAAGUCUUGAGGAUUUAGCACGAACUCUGUGUUCUCACAUUCGUAACAGCAACUGGUUAGAGAUAAAUAAUGCAGAAAAAUGGACAAAAGAAAAUCCAGAAYUUGCCAAAGCUUUUACUGAUAGUAUAGACGAUAAAAAUAAGUGAAAUCAAAGUCAAUUAUUUUACCUUACUAUUCAGAAACAUUGAGCACCAGAAGAGUUGGAGUCCCUGUGGAAACCAAACCCACUAGAACUGUGUCUUUCAAAGUUUUUUUAAAAAUAUACGUCAGCUCCUAAUGUUGCUCUACUAGCUUAUCAGAAGACGUCCUGUUUUGAAACAUCAUUUAUUGGUCAAGCUCACAUCUAUUGUGAACAGGACCAGAGUGAUUAAAUUGAGCAUAAUGAACGAU